AAAGCGGUGCAUGCUGGGGAGCGGGAAUUGUUACGCGCUGGGAGAAGGCGCCUCCAUCUUAAGCGCUGAGCGCGUCGCGGCAGCGGCAGUAGCGGGAUGGCGGCGGACAGCCGGGAGGAGAAAGGUGAGUUAAAUUUGUUCAUGGAGGGAUCCAACACAUCCCGGAGUCAACAUAAGAUGAGUUGCAGGAGAGCCCAGUUGGGAGUGUCUGUAGUGAAAUGGACCCAUGUGGACCUUCCCCCUUCAGCAGAGAUGAACUAUGGUGAACUAAAUGUUCUGGAUGACAUUUUAACUGAUGCUCCUGACCAAGAUGAUGAGUUAUAUAAUCCAGACAGUGAGCAAGAUAAAAGUGAGAAAAAGGGAUCAAAAAGAAAAAGUGACAGGUUGGAAAACGUUGAAAGCAAGAGACAAAAACCUUCUGUGCAUUCAUCGAGGCAGAUGAUGCCAAAGCCUCCUAGUUCAUCAGUUAGCAAUAACAAGAGAAUAGUGACUACAAAAGGAAAGCCAGUAUCAGAAUACAAGAAUGAGGAGUACCAGAGGUCUGAUAGAAACAGACGCCCAGAUGGUGAUCGAAAAACACGCGUGUCAAGCAGUUCCAGGGAUCCUUAUAAAGGACAACCAGAAAAGACUCCUCUGAGGAAGAGGGAUAUUGACAGAAGGGCGAAGUCUUCCACACCAGAUGGUUCAGAGAGAAUGAGACAUGAUGUGGAUAGAAGACCAAGCAGAUCCAGUCAUUCUUCUAAAGAAGAGGUUAACUCUGAGGAAUAUUGUUCAGACCACGAGACUGGUAGCAGUGGCUCUUCUGAACAAGGCAAUACAGAAAACGAGGAGGAAGGAAUGGAAGAAGAUGAUGAUGAUGAAGGGGAGGAGGAUGAAGAGGUGGAAGAAGAUGGGGAAGAGGAUGAAGAAGAGUAUGAACAGGAUGAGAGAGAUCAGAAGGAAGGAAAUGACUACGACACACGAAGUGAAGCCAGCGAUUCUGAUUCUGAAUCUGCCUCUUUCACAGAUGGGUCAGUCAGAUCUGCUUCUGGUUCAGAUGAAUCAGAUGAGAAAAAGAAGGAAAGGAAAAGAGCUAGAGGUAUCUCUCCAAUUGUUUUUGAUAGAAGUGGAAGUUCUGCGUCCGAAUCCUAUGCAGGUUCAGAAAAGAAGCAUGAGAAAUUAUCAUCUUCCGUUCGUGCUGUCCAAAAAGACCAAACAAGUAAACUUAAAUACAUUCUCCAAGAUGCAAGAUUUUUUCUCAUCAAGAGUAAUAACCAUGAAAACGUUUCACUUGCUAAAGCUAAGGGAGUAUGGUCAACGCUUCCAGUGAAUGAAAAGAAACUUAAUGCUGCAUUUAGAUCAGCGAGGAGUGUCAUUUUGAUAUUUUCUGUAAGAGAGAGCGGCAAAUUCCAAGGAUUUGCAAGACUGUCUUCAGAAUCCCAUCAUGGAGGAUCACCUAUACACUGGGUGUUGCCUGCAGGAAUGAAUGCAAAAAUGUUGGGAGGUGUCUUUAAAAUUGACUGGAUUUGUAGGCGUGAAUUGCCGUUCACUAAAUCUGCUCAUCUGACCAAUCCUUGGAACGAACAUAAGCCGGUCAAGAUUGGACGUGAUGGACAGGAAAUUGAGCCGGAAUGUGGAACCCAGCUUUGUCUUCUGUUCCCUCCUGAUGAAAGUAUUGACUUGUAUCAACUCAUUCAUAAAAUGAGGCACAAGAGAAGAAUGCACUCACAGCCCCGAUCAAGAGGACGACCAUCUCGUCGAGACCCCGUUCGGGACGUGGGAAGGCGUCGACCAGAAGAUUAUGAUAUUCAUAACAGCAGGAAGAAACCAAGAAUUGACUAUCCCCCUGAGUUUCACCAAAGACCAGGGUAUAUAAAGGAUCCCAGGUAUCCUGAAGUAGACAGACGAUUUUCAGGAGUUCGACGAGAUGUGUUUUUAAAUGGGUCCUACAAUGAUUAUGUGAGGGAAUUCCACAACAUGGGACCACCGCCACCAUGGCAAGGAAUGCCACCGUAUCCAGGUAUGGAGCAGCCACCACACCAUCCUUAUUAUCAGCACCAUGCACCUCCACCUCAAGCUCACCCUCCAUACUCAGGACAUCAUCCUGUACCACAUGAAGCAAGAUAUAGAGACAAACGAGUACACGACUAUGACAUGAGGGUAGACGACUUUCUUCGCCGCACACAAGCAGUUGUCAGCGGUCGGAGAAGCAGGCCUCGAGAGAGGGAUCGAGAGCGGGAACGGGACCGGCCUAGAGAUAAUAGAAGAGACAGAGAACGUGACAGAGGCCGUGAUAGGGAAAGGGAGAGAGAGAGGAUUUGUGACCGGGACAGAGACAGAGGAGAAAGAGGUAGAUACCGAAGAUAAUCUGUUUAGAACCAGUGCUCACUUGAAACAAAAAGAGCUUGUAUUUUUUUGUGUGUUUACAAGUAGUACAUUUUAUUUUCAGCUAUCUACUUAAAGUUCGUUGUGUAGAAGGAUUUAUAAUGACCCUCUUUAUUCCAAGCAUGCAGUGAACUGUGAACUGGAAAAACUCAGUUUGGCCAAAAAUAAAAUACACAAAGCUGACACUUGACAAUUCUAUUGGAGCAGAAUGGAAAACAGUCAAGAAUGUACAUACUGAUUCUCAGUGAGUGUUCAUCUACUUAGUAACAUCAUUCUAGGUUUUUGAAUACUGAUGGAAAACUGCCAUAUAUAUAUAUAUAUAUAUAUUUUUUUUUUUUGUUCUUUGUAUUGUUUUCUUCCUGUAGUUUCACAUGGUUCUGUGGGAGAAUGCUGCUAUCAAGUAUGCAAAUAUUAAGUAUGAUUUUUGACUGACUGGCGGUGCCAUAGCAGCUUUCUUCUUUUCUUCUUGUUUUUAACUGUCUGUAAAGUCAAGUUGUUUUUUCAGUCUUCAGUAAUGAAAGCAAUAUUAAAAAAACGAUAUUGAUACCUAAUUUUUAACCUUUUUUUAAAAAAAAAUCUUCCCGUGUU